ACUUUUGGGUAAAGUGCGCGAGUGUGGCUGACAGCUCGCUGUUUUGUGCUACCUGAGCCUUUUGUGGCCUGCGUUAUGAGUGUUACAUAAAUGAUGGAUGACUCCGGGGGCCCUGACAGCGAGUCCCGGCGGGGUGCUACCGCAGCUGUCCGGAAGAUGGCGCUCUCUGCCUGCGCGGCUCUCGGGGCGCAGCGGGGAGGCACCAUUGACUGGAGCCCUAACGACCAUUAUUUCGUCAUCAUUUGUAACCAUGGAGCAUGAAUUACCUCUUGAAGUCAUCAGUGAGGAUUUACGACUGGUCAACAAAGGCACGUGAUUCCCGAACGCUCUCCCAUAUUUGGCCGCAUACCUGGCAAAGUACAGUAGGGCUUCAUUGCUUAUAAUUCAUGAUUGCAUCCAUAAAUCGUGCAAGCACACAGGAUUAUAGCGACAAAGAUCUACAAAUCGAGGCUUUAAAAAUCCAAGCAAAUGAGCUCUUACUUUGUAAACUCGUUCUCAGGGCGCUAUCCAAAUGGCUCCGACUAUCAGUUACUAAAUUAUGGGACUAACGGCGCUGUGAGCGGCUCCUUCAGAGACCCUGGCACCAUGCACUCCGGGUCUUUCGGCUACAACUACAAUGGCAUGGACCUAACCGUGAACCGCACCAACACCGGCGGCCACUUCGGGGCUGUGAGGGAGGAUGCCCGGGGAUUUGGGGCGGACGCCCGCUACAGACAGACGCCCAACUGCUCGCUGUCGUCUCCAGACCCGGUGCCGCCGCCGCCGCCGUCGUGCGCCACAGCCAGCCGGGAGCCGCUGGAACUAAAAAGCCCCUCUCCUCCCUCUGACCGGAGCGCGACCUCGGGCGGCAGCAGCCUCAACAAAAGCAACAGCGCUCAUUUCACGGAGAUAGAGGACGCCACGGUCGCCUCCGAGAGCGAGGAGGGCGCGCACAGCAGCGGCGGCGGAGGCGGCGGAGGCUCCUCCGGCACGGCACCGCGGGCGCAGCAGCAGCAGCAGCAACAGCACCAGGAGCCCAACGCCACCUCCUCCACUCCCACAGCAAACGACUGCCAAACGCCACAAAUAUUCCCGUGGAUGCGGAAGCUGCACAUAAGCCAUGAUAUGACUGGACCUGAUGGGAAAAGGGCCCGAACUGCGUACACCCGCUACCAGACGCUAGAGCUGGAGAAAGAGUUUCACUUCAAUAGGUACCUAACCAGACGGCGGAGGAUAGAGAUAGCCCACGCCCUGUGUCUUUCCGAAAGACAGAUCAAAAUCUGGUUUCAGAACCGCAGGAUGAAGUGGAAGAAGGACAAUAAACUGAAAAGCAUGAGCCUCGUAACGGGAGGGAGCGCCUUCCACAACUGAAUAACUUUUUGGUGGAGUUAAAAAAAAAAAAAAACAGAAAGAAAGAAAAAAAAGAAAAACAUAAUAAUAAGUUAAAAAAAGAGAAUCCAUGAGUACUGUAAAGCUAUUUAAAGCGCAGCACCUUCCAGCAUGCCA